AUGGGUGCGGACGGCAAGGAUGCGCCACGCGGCCUCCCACAGGUCGUCUUUCUUUCUGGACGACACCACCACCGACUGAAGAUGAAGAUUCCCGUCGUCGACUUUGCACCGUUUCUCGACAAGGCUGACGACGCUGCUGCACGCCAGGCCGUCGCCGACAAGCUGCUUGCGGCGCUGCACGAGACUGGAUUUGUGUAUGUCGUGAACCACGGGGUGGAGCAGGCUGCGGUGGAGACGGCGCCAGACAGUGGUUCUCCCUCCCUUUUUGGCACGAAGCUGCUCGCGCUGCGCCCCGCCAUGCAGCCCUACCCGCGCGGCUUUCUCUGUGUCGGGCGGCGGGACCGCGCGACGCCUGCGGAGUUGGCGCUGCCGGACCCCACCGACAUGAAGGAGAGCUUUGUGCUGGGGAGCAAAGACAAUGCGGGUAUGCCCAACAUAUGGCUGGACGAGAAGCCGGACGGCCUGGUGGAAACCGGCUUCCGCGCGAGCUGUUUGGGGCUGUAUGAGCAAUGCCACGCACUCGAAAGCGCCGUCUUCCGUGGACUCGCCCUCGCACUGGGCCUUCCCGACGACCACUUCGCCGUCGGCACCAGUAGCGAAAAUGAUCUGCGCCUCGUGCGGUACCACCCUGUCCCUGCAUCGGCCAUCGCCGCCGGCCUGAUCACGCGCGCUGCAGCGCAUACGACCCCGGGCGCAUUGCAGCUGACCUUCCAGCGGGAUGUCGAGGGCCUCGAGGUGGAGGACCCCGAGAAGCCCGGCGUGUUCCACCCGAUCCUCCCGGUGCCUGGCGCGGUGCUGCUUAACGCGGGCGACAUGCUGCAGCGAGGCUCACGUGGCGCGGUCCGCAGCGCCGUACACCGCGUCGGCGCGCCGGCUGGUACAGUUGAGGUCAACGGUGCGCCGUGGAAGCCGCAGCGUCUGGAGAUCGUCUAUAACUGCGUGCCUGCGGAGGACGCGCGGCCUCAGCACAUCAUGCGAUCUCGUAAUUCCUGCCCGGCUUCAUAUGUUUCUAUUUCCCAUGUCAAACCAUACUGGUGCCCGCACGGCUUGCUCCAACGCUAA